CAGCCGAUCGAUAUGCAGAGCGGCCGCCCCGCACCGCACACCGCCGGCUCCGGGUGCUGAAGGCGCGGGGACGCCGGGCGCGGAGCGGCAGCCAGCAGCCGGGAGCGCGUCCACGAGCACCGGCUCCGAUGCCAGGGCGCGGGGGGUGGCGGCGAGACAUGCAGCCGGCCCGGAAGCUCCUGAGCCUGCUCUUCCUCCUCCUGAUGGGCACCGAGCUCUCCCAAGUGCUGCCCACCAACCCCGAGGAGAGCUGGCAGGUGUACAGCUCCGCGCAGGACAGCGAGGGCCGCUGCAUCUGCACGGUGGUCGCCCCCCAGCAGACCAUGUGCUCGCGGGACGCCCGCACGAAGCAGCUGCGGCAGCUGCUGGAGAAGGUGCAAAACAUGUCCCAGUCCAUCGAGGUGCUGGACCGGCGGACCCAGCGGGACCUGCAGUACGUGGAGAAGAUGGAGACCCAGAUGAAGGGCCUGGAGUCCAAGUUCAAGCAGGUGGAGGAGAGCCACAAGCAGCACCUGGCCAGGCAGUUCAAGGCGAUAAAAGCGAAAAUGGAUGAACUUAGGCCUUUGAUACCCGUGUUGGAAGAGUACAAGGCCGAUGCCAAAUUGGUCUUGCAGUUUAAGGAGGAGGUCCAGAAUCUGACGUCAGUGCUUAACCAGCUGCAAGAGGAGAUUGGCGCCUAUGACUACGAUGAGCUGCAGAGCAGAGUGUCCAAUCUCGAGGAGAGGCUCCGUGCGUGCAUGCAAAAGCUAGCCUGCGGCAAGCUGACAGGCAUCAGCGACCCCGUGACCAUCAAGACGUCCGGCUCCAGGUUCGGGUCCUGGAUGACCGACCCCCUGGCCCCCGAGGGCGACAACAGGGUGUGGUACAUGGACGGCUACCACAACAACCGCUUUGUACGCGAGUACCGCUCACUGCAGGACUUCAUGACCUCGGACAACUUCACGUCGCACCGGCUGCCGCACCCCUGGUCAGGCACUGGCCAGGUGGUGUACAACGGCUCCAUCUACUUCAACAAGUUCCAGAGCCACAUCGUCAUCCGCUUCGACCUGCGCUCGGCCAGCGUGCUCAAGCAGCGCAGCCUGGACUACGCCGGCUACAACAACAUGUACCACUACGCCUGGGGCGGCCACUCCGACAUCGACCUCAUGGCGGACGAGAGCGGGCUCUGGGCCGUGUACGCCACCAACCAGAACGCCGGCAACAUCGUGCUGAGCCGGCUGGACCCGGUGUCGCUGCAGGUGCUGCGCUCCUGGAACACCAGCUACCCCAAGCGCAGCGCGGGCGAGGCCUUCAUCAUCUGCGGCACGCUCUACGUCACCAACGGCUACUCGGGCGGCACCAAGGUGCACUACGCCUACCAGACCAACGCCUCCACCUACGAGUACAUCGACAUCCCCUUCCAGAACAAGUACUCGCACAUCUCCAUGCUGGACUACAACCCCCGCGACCGCGCGCUCUACGCCUGGAACAACGGCCACCAGGUGCUGUACAACGUCACGCUCUUCCACGUCAUCCGCUCCGACGAGCUGUAGGCCGUGGCCGCCGCCGUGGCUGCCGUGGCCGCCGCCGUGGCUGCCGUGGCCGCCCGCCCGCGCGGCCUCCUGCCCCGCGGCCGCCAGUGACGCUGGCGACACGGACCACCGGAGGCGGGACCCCCGCCCACCCGCCCGCCCGCCCGCGUGGCACCGGGCACGGCCUCCGCGUCCCCCCGGCUCGGGCAGGAGGGCCACGGAUUGGGGGAGAGACGCCCCACACCCCAACUUUGCAGCUGGAACUGCAGCCCAGGGCUCCCCCCGCCCGUUCCCGCUCCAGCCCCCCUUUUCGGUCAAAUGACGUGCCAGAGGAGGACGGCGUGUCCGGCCGGCCCCCGCCAGGACGGCCGCCGCCCCAUCGCGUGGACGGUCCUCAGGCGGGGGCGGUGCCGGCGGGCGGCUCCGAGUGCCCGGCUCGGCGCCCGGAGGCUCGGCACCGGCUCCCCCAGCGGGUCCCCUCCCGGCGCCGCUCCGGCCGCGUGUCGUGUCUCAGAUCCCCUGCGAGGCCCCGGGGCCGUGCCCAGGCCCGUGCCCAGGCGCGUGCCCACGGCGGCGGCCGGGCCGGGCGUGUGUGCCGGUGCCGCCGCGCCCGCCGUAGUGUGUUGUGCCGUGUGUCUCGUCCUUGAGGUGGUGCCUGUGGUGGUUUGCAGUGGGUGUCUCGUGCGAUGCGUAGUCUGGCCCGUCCGCGGGC